AUGCCGGUGGCUUUGCUGUCGCUUAAGAGGUAUGCUCUUCGCUCUUUCAUGAUCUUUGCUCUAUCAAAGGUGCCGGAGGUGUCGCAAGGUAUUGGCAUCAAUGAUAGUAAGGUCUUGCGUAGAGGGGAACGAAAGACGCUGAAAGCCUACCCUACCUCCUACAUGAACGGCUGCGGCGGGUCAGGAGCCGCGAGGAAAGCGUUGAAAAGAGAGAAAUCCUUGCUCGCCGGACCGAGAGGCGCGUCAGUGCGAUCAGCCGCAUGGCGUUGGACAGUGGUGGUAGUGGGCAGGCUUGGACAGCAAAUCGCACGUCGCCGUGGCCGUCGCCGUACCGACGAGGAGAAGCCGGCCAUGCUGAGAACAACGUUGAGAGAGAAGGAGUUGAGUUCCGAGUCGGCCGACUCCGCCAAGGCCAGAACUAAGCGUGGCGCAGAAACAGGGAAGGUGCCUGGGAGCGCCUGUCGUCUCGACCCAAGCAGACCGCAGAUUGGAAUCAUUGCGAUUGGCGAGGAGGAGGACGUGCUUUGGACAGACCACGAUGUUGGUCGCAAUGACUGCGGAGACACCCUGGGCCUUGGAGAUCGAAAAGCAUGCCAGCGAUCCGAGCUCUUCCUAGUCCUGGGCGGGUGA